CGAUACAAACCAAACCACAAAAGCACUCAACGUUGACAACAAGCAAGCAAGCAGCUAAACAGCACCACACACCACUCAAGCAGCAGCCAUGGCAGAGACGAUUGACGGCAAGAAGGAGGAGUACCGCAACUACCUCGAGUCCAGCGGCGUGAUUGACUCCAUCACAAAGGUGCUCAUUGGUCUGUAUGAGGAGAGCGAAAAGCCGGAGAACCCGCUCGAGUUUAUCCAGCAGCACCUCGCCGCCAGCAUCGACGGCGCAUCAGACAUUGAGGCGCUCAAGAAGGAAAACGAGGAGCUCAAGGCGCGCGUCGAGGAGAACAGCUGA